UCCUUAGAGAAUAAGUAGAUGUGCAUAUAUGCACACACACAUAUACAUAUAUAUACAGAUCAUUUCAUAAUAGCUUGAACAUAUUGGCCGUUCAAAGUUCAGUUCAAUUCAUUUGUCCUUCUCCAUAGUUUCCUAGUACUUCACAUCCCAUCAUGCAUGAUUCCCUAGGAAUCCCGGCUUGCUUCAGCUGCGAGAGGCACGGUACUGAUCCGAUACCGGCCAUGGCGACCUCCUCAGCUGUUUACCGAAUGGAGAUCUCAGGACAGUCCUGCCUCGUCACUGUCACCUGGUGCAAGGACCUGCUGCUGCACGGCCUGUCAAUCGCGUUCCAUGGGCCAGGGAAGCCCGACGAGGAGUGUGCUUGCAAGUUGGAGCUGAAGCCCUGGCACUUUUGGAAAAGACAAGGAUCGAAGGACUUGCUCGUCGAGGGGACUAAGGUAAGUGCGGUUUGGGACCUCAGGGCGGUUGUUUUCAAUGGUGAGACCGAACCGAGAUCGGACUACUACGUCGCGGUCGUGUGCAAGGAAGAGGUCGUUCUGCUUGUGGGUGACAUGAAGAAGGAAGCGUAUAGGAGGACCGGCUGUAGGCCGGCUCUCACUGAUCCGGUUCUCGUCUCGAGGACGGAGCAUUCAUUCGGUAAGAGUAGGUUCUUUGCGAGGAUCAAGAUUCACGAGAAGGGGAAGGUUCACCAGGUCUCAGUGAUGGAGGGAAAGAGCAUUUGCAAUAUGGGCAGCGAGAGCCACGGGGAACCCGAAAUGGAGAUCGCCAUUGAUGGGGUAAAGGUUGCUCAUGUGAAGCACCUCCAAUGGAAGUUCAGAGGUAAUGAGGAGAUGAGCAUAGGUGGGAGAAGAUUAGAGGUGUAUUGGGAUGUUCACGACUGGCUGUUCGGGUCAGGUCCUCGGCGCGGGCUAUUUCUAUUCAGGCCAGUUAUUGGUCCUAGGAUUCUGUCACCAUCGACUGUGGAGGAGCCACGAUAUCCUCUGCUGGCAUCAUUUCUCUCAGGGUCGGCUCUGUCGGAGGAGGAGGACACUUACAGGGUGCACGAAGACUGGGCAUCUGGUAAAGGCACGUCGGACUUCUGCUUGUUCAUGUACGCUUGGAAGAUAGACUAAAUGGAAAACCGAAGAAUGGACGACUUCCCUGCACUAUAAGUUAUAAUCGUUCGAUUCACUGCUGCUGAUAUCCUCAUUACAAGCAGAAUAUAAUGACUUCCGGUUGUAUGUUCGUACAACUACCUCAGUUCCGAUUUAAUCAUCGAGAAAAAGGAUCACCGGUGCAUGCCCGUUAUGGGAUACUUGGAGUAUCCUAACGAAAUGAAAUGCAAUGGGCCCGUGAUCACGUGUAAGGUAAGACUUACAACUAUAAGGAUGAUUGUCAUUGAUUUCCAGCAUGGAGUGAAUAGACGGACACAAUCACGUGGGUCGGGUUAGGCCCAGAUCAUGUCCGUCCUAGUCCGAUUCAACCUUAUGAACUGAACCGAGGAAUUUACUUAUGUGUGGAGACUUCUUUUUUUUUUUGGAUGAGUGUAUUUGUCAUUCCACCAUUGAAUAAAGCUAUAGAAGACUUCAAUGUUUAUAAUUGUAUUUCUAUACACAAAGGGCAGGGCGUAUGCACAUAUGGAGAUCGAGAAGGAUAAUAGAGAAGUAAUAUCUUAGACACACUUACACUGUUAUUUGACUCAAUGGCCCAAUGGAUAAGG